AAGGCGGGGCCCGGAACGGCCCGGUUUGUGGGGUCCACCCGCCGGACUGGCACGUGACCUCUGUGACCCUAGAGCCCCUCAAGCCCUGGCCUAUCCUGGGCCGGCUCUCUGGUGCCGCUUAAAAGCCCACGCAAGAUUGACAGGCCUCUAGGCUUACGUGUUAAAACUGGUGCCCAAUCAGAAAGAGGAGCUGUGGGCAAUGGGACCCACCCAGCUAGUGUCAAUGUCAGCUGAUAGCAUCCCUACGAGGUUCCCUCAUCCAAGCUCUUGGAACUCGCAGGCCGUGGCCUGUAGGAGGAUUCUUGUAUGUCCCAGCUAAGGAGCACCAUGGAGGAGCAUCAUCAGGAAGCUGGGAAUGAGAGUAAGCCUUCCUCCAUGUCAGUGGAUCUGCAGGGGGACAGUCCCUUACAGGUGGAGAUUUCUGAUGCAGUGAGUGAGCGGGACAAGGUGAAAUUCACAGUUCAAACCAAGAGUGGCCUCCCUCACUUUGCCCAGCCUGAGUUCUCAGUAGUUCGGCAGCAUGAAGAGUUCAUCUGGCUACAUGACACCUAUGUGGAAAAUGAAGAGUACGCCGGUCUCAUCAUUCCCCCAGCCCCUCCCAGGCCUGACUUUGAGGCUUCAAGGGAAAAGCUGCAGAAGUUGGGUGAGGGGAACAGCUCCAUCACCCGGGAAGAAUUCGCCAAGAUGAAGCAGGAGCUAGAAGCGGAGUACUUGGCCAUCUUUAAGAAGACUGUUGCGAUGCAUGAGGUCUUCCUGCAGCGCCUGGCAGCCCAUCCCACCCUACGUCUGGACCACAACUUCUCCGUCUUCUUGGAAUAUAAUCAGGAUCUGAGUGUUCGAGAGAAGAACAGGAAGGAGGUCUUGGGAGGGUUCCUGAGGAGCAUCGUCAGGUCUGCAGAUGGAGUCCUCAUCACUGGCAUAUCAGGGCUCAAGGAGGUAGAUGACUUCUUUGAGCACGAGAGGACCUUCCUAGUACAAUAUCACACCCGAAUCCGAGACACCUGCCAGAGGGCCGACCGUGUUAUGCACUCCCACAAGUCAGGCCUGGCAGACAACUAUCUCCCUAUCUCUACUGCACUGAGCAGUCUCGGAACCCAGGAGGUCAACCAACUGAAGAGGAACUUCUUGAAGCUGGCAGAGCUCUUUGAACGACUCAGAAAGCUGGAAGGCAGGGUAGCCUCUGAUGAGGACCUCAAGCUGUCCGACAUGCUGAGAUACUACAUGCGAGACUCACAGGCAGCCAAGGACCUGCUGUACCGGCGGCUUCGGGCAUUGGCCGACUACGAGAAUGCUAACAAGGCGCUGGACAAAGCUCGGACUAGGAACCGGGAAGUACAGCCAGCAGAGAGCCACCAGCAGCUGUGCUGCCAGCGCUUCGAGCGCCUCUCUGACUCUGCCAAACAAGAGCUCAUGGACUUCAAGUCUCGCCGGGUCUCCUCUUUCCGUAAGAAUCUCAUUGAGUUGGCAGAGCUGGAGCUCAAGCAUGCAAAGGCCAGCACCCUACUUCUCCAGAACACCCUUGUUGCCCUUAAGGGAGAGCCCUAGUGAAACCAGACGCUUCAACACCAGCUGUCCUCAGUCUCCUGCCUUCUCCCUAUAAAGAUGCCUCCCUUCCCCUACCAUGGUGGCCACUAGCCACACCUUUACCCUUCCUUGGCAAACCCAGGACCAAAGGCAGUUGGCCCUGCCUGACAGGGAAGCAUGGGGGGAACACAUGGGGCCAUAGGUAAGCAGAGUUCCUAGGGACCCUAGUCCUCCCUACAGCAGGCUGAGUCAAAGCUCCACACCUCCAUCAAGCCACUGGCUUUUGAAGAGUUCACUGGCAUCCCCUACUCCUCACAAAUAAACAGCCGUUUUAUUGCUA